AUGGGUGGUGGUCUCGAUGACUAUUUGAUUGAUCAGCUCUUGCGCGGCGUCGAGACCGUCCAGAAGAAAGUCGAAGAGAAGGAGGCACAAGCGAGAGCGAAAGCAGAGAAGGAGGCUCUCGAAGUCGCCGCCACCCAGCAAAACUCGGCCCAGGACGCCAGUCUGUCCACUGAAGAACCCCCAGCCUCUGACGAGGACGCCGACGUCGAGAUGAGGCCGCUCAAUGACAAGGACCAGUACAAAAAGGUCGGCAACGAAUGGUGGGUGCGGAUCUACUUGGGUCGACGGAUUCCUCGUCUCAACGCCGAAAUGGUCAUCGAAGACAAGGACAUGAAAGCCAAAAAGCGCUGGAGGGACACUGCCAACGAGGGGUACACCCGGGUCCUGGUCCAUGACCCGACCGUUGGCCGCAUCUACCAUCACAUGGCUGUUUUGGUGCAGCCCCGGUCCGUGUGGCCCCUGUCAAUGUUCGAGGUCAAUGCGUCCAAGCUCUUCUACUGCACCAAGUCCCUCGUCGUCAAGACCCCGUUUUACCCCACGCGGAACUCCGUGCUGACCGUUGUCCAACCGAUUCUUCACCGGUACAAGAAGGCAGCCCAGAAGCCGAUCGUCUUGCCCCUGAUCGACGAAGACCACUUCCUUGCUGUUGUCGUCCACCUGAUUCUUUCUUCCCUGGAGCCCGAGACUCUGAGGGAAAACGGUUAUUAG